UGCUCCAUGCGCGCGGCAAUGUUUGCGUCCGGAUUGAAAGCUGCAGAUUGGACCGUGGAGCCGUAGAUGAGGUUCGUAGGGCGCUUUGGUUUGGCUGAUGGGAGGAUGUUGUAGUUGGUGGGGUGUGUAAUGUCGCUGUCCAGCCCACCACCAUCUUCAUCAGCUGCAGUCCGCGGCAGUGGCGCACUGCGUCGUUGUAGAGCUGCCUCCGCGGCUUCUGCGCGGGUACCUCGACGCGAGCGACCAAAUUCAUCAACGUAGUCGACAAGUAAAACAUCCUCCUUCUCGCGGUCGUCGUUGUCGGCGUCCCUAUCCGAACCAGAUGGGGAAGCUGAGCCUCGUGCCCUCCGUGCCCUUAUCGCCUCCUCCUCCGCCCACUUGCGAUCAAAAUCGACUAGACUGUUGCUUUCAGCCCGCCUCGUUGCAUGCACUGCUGGGUUUCUCAAGGCAGUUUGAUCUUCCUCCUCAUCGCUGCUAUCCACCAGAUGCUCGCCUUUCUUCAAAUCCUCGUAUAGUUUAGCCUUUUCGGCCAGUCUUCGUUUAGAGCGUUGGAGUGUCGCAUCGUCAAUAUUACCAAUGUCUGCUCCUCGUUUGUGGACUUGGUGAAUGACAUGUGGUGAGUCCCCGGAGACAUCUGCUGCGGCGCGUUUGUGUGCGUUCUUGUUGUGGAUGGUGAAGAUAUCUGGUUUUGAGCGGGACGGUCGGGGGCGACCUUUGGUGGGUUGCGUAGCGGAAGACGAUGUAGAGGGGUUUGAUUCUUUCGAUAUUAGGGCGGAGAGAUGAGUGGUGAAGGCUAGAGUGGAGGAGGAUGUGAGGUCUUUUUGCGACGCGGUGGAUUUGGGGCGGCGAAUGCCGUACAGCGAUUGAGAAUCUGUCGGCAUAACUCUAGUAAAGGCGGGUUAUCGCUCAGUUGAGCUGUUCUCGACAGGAAAGAAUAUGUAGACGGGCCAUAGGCCGCACCCACGAGCUAUAGUUGAGCUGUAGGGGUGAGCUGAAUAUGAAGGUGUGGCUAUGAAUAGAAGCUUAGUUGAUAGAUAGCUCGGCGGCGGCUGACGUGAUUGCUGCGGGCGAAGUCUUUUUGCCCCGCAACCUCCCACUUCAACAUCAACAAUUUACACCACAGCUGUCUACAUAAAAGGGAGUAAAUUCCAGAUAACUAGACACUAUUUUAGAAUCCCAGGUUUGGAUAUUUCAAUUGCUACUAAUAACUGGUUUAUGAACUAUACUCCAAUUGAAUCCAUCAUGACAAGCAAAGCUAUCUAUCUCGGAGUCAUCGGGGUUGGCGGCGUCGGAUCCCAUUUCCUCACUCAAUUAUCCCGUCUCCCCAAUGCGCCACCUCUGAUCCUGCUUGCCCGCUCUUCAGUGACAGCCACUUCGCCCUCCACAUGUUACUCCCCCGCGAUUGAUCCCGACAAUUGGCAAUCUGCUUUCUCAGCUUCCUCUCCCUUUACCAAAUCUGGAGCCUGGGAGCCAGAGCAGAUAGCUGAUUACAUGUCCCAGGCUCCCGGUCGCGCCGUGCUGGUCGAUAACACUUCAGAUCCCACCAUCGCGGAAGCCUACCCCCUCUUCCUCAGCAAAGGCAUUAGCAUCGUAACCCCAAACAAGAAAGCAUUCUCCUCUUCCUUCGAUACGUGGAAAAGCAUAUUCGACACAGCCGCUGGCACCUCCUCACUCGUCUACCACGAAAGCACAGUCGGCGCCGGCUUGCCGGUGAUCUCUACCUUGCGCGAUCUCGUUAGCACUGGUGACCGAGUCACCCGCAUUGAGGGUGUAUUUUCAGGAACUCUCUCUUUCCUAUUCAAUAACUUCGCCCCCGUGACGGCUCCAUCUGGCAGCACUGUGCAGAAAUGGAGCCAGGUUGUCUCACAGGCUAAGGAACUCGGUUAUACAGAGCCAGACCCCCGAGAUGAUCUGAAUGGCAUGGAUGUCGCGAGGAAACUAACCAUCCUAGCCCGGAUUGCCGGCCUAGAGGUUCAGAGCCCCGAAUCUUUCCCGAUUGAGAGCUUGAUUCCCGCAGAACUUGAGGGGGUCUCUAGUGCUGAGGAAUUUAUGCAGCGUCUUCCUGAAUUCGAUGAUCGGAUGGAGGCGAUCAAGGAGAAAGCGGAGGUCGAAGGGAAAGUUGUGAGAUAUGUUGGCAGCGUGGAUGUUGCGGGCAACGCUGUUAAGGUUGGGCUGGAAAAGUUUGACAAGGACAGUGCCAUUGCGGGCCUGAAGGGGAGUGACAAUAUUAUUAGUUUCUAUACGGAAAGAUAUGGGAAGAACCCGUUGAUUAUCCAGGGUGCUGGAGCUGGUGGUGCUGUUACUGCCAUGGGAGUUUCGGCGGAUCUCAUUAAGGUAUUAGAACGACUACGUUAGAAAAGCGAACUGGGUGCUGCUGCUGGGAAUUUUGAUUAUCAAAGGGGAAAAUGAGGGAAAAUGAUGACAUUAUAAAACAAAAUCAUGCAUAUUUAACAUGAAAAGUUUGACUUAGCUGGCCGGUGCUAAUAAAAAGUGCACCUAUGCAUUCAAAGCACCAUGCCAUGCACACCCCAUUGGUAUUUGACAUCAAAAGUUCACCCAAAUUCUAGAGAAAGCAAAUAGUCGUCUAGUUAGUACCUUCUUCAACUUCUUAGAAACUCCUUGAUCGCUUCUCCCCAUGCUGGUAUCCGCUUAUAAACCGCCAUCUCCGGAAUACUGCCUUCGCUAACACCGUCGAUUGCCGCUGCCAGGUCUUCAGCUGACCCCUCAUCUUUGAUUUCUUGAAUGGGAUAUCGAUACGUGUGGAAUGAAAAUACCAUCGCCCCUGACUGCGGCAGGCGGAAGAGAGUCUGACGCUCGCAUCGCAAGAAGGUCUAUCGUGAUGGUUUCGGAGUUAGUUCAAUGCUCCCUGAAACAUGACAUUUCAAUAAAAAGUCACAUCGUUCGUGAGCUUGAAAGAGGGUAUUUUAAAAAUUAAAGGAACACUCACAUUGUCAAGAUCCACUUCUUUCAACUUAAGUUGAGUGAUUUCUUCCCCAUUGUGCGCGUGAAUGCCCCCAAAAGGCGAAAACAGCUCUGCAUCCACCGUAACACUCCAAUUGACGCGCUUGAGAUAUUUUCCAGCUGGGAGUUUAUGGAAAAACCGAUCCAUGCUCUUCUCAAGCUUUAGUCUAUAUCCAGGUAUCGGCUCAUGGAUCUGAGCCAAGGGUUUGCCAAGCUUUUCCCGCGUGUCGAAACCGGACGGGAAACAUGUUGCAUACGCCUCGAGGAUAUACUUGACUUCAUCUGAUGGAUCGCUGGUUCCAUCGUGGUCAGAUUGCAGACCAUUAGAGCGGGCCCAGUUUCGAAAUCGGUCUGGACAAGUUUGAACAUCUGUGGGUAUCUAUUGGGGAGAUAUAUACCCAUAAUGUAUCUGUAAAGCUCAUGAACGGCGGGACGGAUCCGCGGGUCUUCCUCAUCGUCCUUGUUCACUCGACAGACGACAUCAGGGUACUUCUUAAGCAGUUCGCGGCGGAGGGUUAUUCUCUCUUUGUAUGUUUUGUCCAUCAGGAUGAGUUCACUGGGGUCGAGAUUUUCGAGACCUGUUAACAGAGUAAGUUGAAUAUACGUUUACGAUUUUUCCUGCUUGUUGACUUCGUGUUAUCCGCUCAAAACAGUGGUGGUGAGGGACUACAUACCCAUUGUAAGAUGGUAUUUAGGCUUAUACGGCCGCAGUUUGAGUGGCUCAGUUUUUUCCCAGUCGAACUUCUGUAAUGGCUCAACGAGGGGGAAAUCUGAAGUACACAAGAUAGCAUCGAAUUUUUUCUGACGCUCUAUUUCCGCUCUCUGUUAUUUUAUAUUCAAGUAUCAGCCAUGCUCGAUAAUCCCGAUCAUAAAUGCGGCUUAAAAUCGCCUAUCGCCAAAGAUAGAUUCGCAGCGAAACAAACAAAUAAGUUCAUUGAGACGAGAGACGAAUACGCAGUGAUCAAGACAAAACUUGAUCUCAGAAAACAGAAUAUAAAAUUCAACAGGCUUGUGUGUAGGCCAUAUUGCAGCUCGAUAUUUUGGAGAUGACUCUCACACACAUUUUUAUCUCAACCGUGCCAAUCGUCUUGCACCAUUUUGCAUACAUGUCAAUAGAAGUGGAAAUGUAGACAACGGGGAUGAUACAAUACAUCAGACCACAAUAUAGAAAGAAAAAAUCACACACCUUAUUAGAUCUAUGUCUCUGCACAACCAUCACAAGGAGCGAGAACAACACGACCUUUGUCAUGGUGUUCAUCAGCGAGAAAUACUGGACCAGGAGGUCCAUCGCCU